AAGCACAAGACCUACUAUUUGACGGCGGGAACUUAUCCACCACACUAACUUUAGCUCAGACCUUGCUGAAACAAAUCCUCCACACCCCUUCGGGGAAAGGUGUUUUGGGAGGACUGGUCGGUAGCGGAACCGAACAACAAAACGCUUCAUCUACUAGUGAGUCAACCUAUCAUCAAGGGAACUCCUACGUGGUAUACAAAUGCUUCAGGAUAGAGAAAAUCAACCUUCUACUAGACCUCCUGAACGAUAACGACUGGUUUACACAUCUGGACCCCGAGGACACAUACUUGUCGAGAUCCGUUACCCUAAACUACUUAGUUUUCCUCCGAUCUCAGGGAUGAGGACUAACAGCAGUUUACGACUCCGUGGUGCCCACGGAGCUACUGAAGCCGGUGAGGGCUCACAUCCGCGAAUUUGGACGUGCGAUGUCUCGUGUACCUGGAAGAUUUGCUGACCCUUUGCGAAUCCAGGCUACGUUUGCAGUCAAAUUUGACGUUCACGUUCUGGACUCCAUUGGUUUGUUUGGUAGUACGCAGGCAAACGAUCCCCCAUCUGUGUCGGGUCAGUUCCUCGGUUUCGACAUCGGCUUGGAGAAGAUCACCCCUAUACGGAUGGAUGUCGGACACACUCUAAGGUUGGAUACGAUUCCUCUCAGAAUACUCACCGGAUUGUGGGACUCCUCUCCUCCUCCAUACAAUCGAUACUUCCUUGCCCACUACACUACGGGGCCAUGCAACGACUGCUGACUAGAUACGUACAUGCCGGUCACUCAUACGACCACUAGAUCCAACUGUCGGCAGAAGUGAGGAC